AUUGAAUUUGGCUGGUCAGCCAAUUGAACGUUGUGCGACCGAGUUGGUCCCCCCAAGUCGACCCGCGAGGCUGGUCGUAGUCGAGCCGUGUCGCCGCAGCCCAUCCCAGCCAGUGUACAGCACAGAGCUGCUCGUUGUCGUCGUCGCCACCUGAAACUAUGGCCCAGCCAGCAGGCCAACCCGCCCAGUCCCUUCCCUACGCUCCGGUGCCAAACCAGCGCAGGCACGCUUCCAAGCAUCGUUUGUUCGUGAACGAGCUCUCACACGCACUCUUCGAAUUUGUUGUCCAGCUCCUCCCAACCACAGAGGAGCUGGUCGUUAAAGAGGAUGUCAGGAAACUCCUCGAGCGUCUCAUUCGCACCAUAGAGCCCGAAAGUCGACUCUUGUCGUUCGGGAGCACCGCCAACGGCUUCAAUCUUCGAAACUCAGACAUGGAUCUAUGUUGUCUCAUCGAUUCAGUCGAGCGUCUCUCCGCAUCAGACCUUGUCGUCAUGCUAGGCGACCUCCUCGAAAGAGAAACAAAAUUCCAUGUCAAGCCCUUACCCCACGCCCGUAUACCCAUCGUCAAGUUGUCGUUGGAUCCCUCGCCAGGCCUUCCCUCUGGCAUCGCCUGCGAUAUCGGUUUCGAGAAUAGACUGGCCUUGGAGAACACCCGUCUGCUCAUGUGUUACGCCAUGAUAGACCCUACCCGCGUCCGCACCCUCGUACUUUUCCUCAAAGUCUGGAGUAAACGGAGGAAAAUCAAUUCACCGUAUCACGGAACACUGUCAUCCUACGGAUACGUUUUGCUGGUUAUAUACUUUCUCGUUCAUGUCAAGAAUCCACCGGUCCUUCCAAAUCUACAGCAACUUCCUCCCAUUCGUCCAAUCUCAAAGGAGGACACGCAUAUCGACGGACAUAACACUUGGUUCUUCGAUGAUAUAGACCUUUUGUGCCAGCGGUGGCGAUCCUCCAAUACAGAAUCUGUCGCUGAACUCCUGAUCGACUUCUUCCGGUACUAUUCUCGCGACUUUUCAUAUAAUACUGGUGUCGCUUCAAUACGUGCUGGUAUGCUUAAGAAGGAAAGCAAAGGGUGGCAGAAUGAUUUGUCAAGCUCGAAAUUCCACGACUCGAGGGAACGGAACCGGUUCUGCAUCGAGGAUCCUUUCGAGACUGAUUUCAACGUAGCUCGUUGCGUAACGAGAGAGGGCUUGUACCAGAUUCGCGGCGAGUUUAUGCGUGCUUCCAGGAUUCUAGCCACGCGCCCACGUGCACUGGUAGCGUUAUCCCAGCUCUGCGAGGAAAAGGUUGGAGAUCCACAGGCAGGAGCACCGUCUCCUAUUUUCGUUCCCCCUCGUUUGUCGGUUCCUUCAUCUGGUAACAACAAUCUGGUCCGGUUGGGGGUACCCUCCCCUACCGAGCGUCUUUCUCUGCGACCAGAGUUCGUUAACAACGAGAAGGACAAUGUAAGAGAGCAGUGUGCUCCCGUAUCAGCGCCUCCGGAACACAUGGCUCCGAAGCGAAGUCAGUGGACAAGCCCGCCACCACCAAAAGGACCAGCGUCUCAGCAUGCUAUCUUCGAGAAUCAACUGGGCGAAGGGUUAGUUCUAGCGACAUCUUCUAUCUUUGCACUAGCGUGCCAUGCACCAAGGGUCUCGAGCGACAGCCCCAGAACUCUCAAUAAUAGUGAUGAGGAGGGUCGGCUGCAGAGUGUCGAGUCUGACCAUCGUCAAGAUCGAUCCGUCGGUAGUUCCAGGGGAGGUUCGCCUCUGACUCGCAAUGUAUUAGAACCGCACUCCCCGUCGCCUGUGGGUCAUGCCCUCCCUGGGCUGGAACCAAGGGGGAGGUUGCACGCAUGUCCAGCGGUUACUACCGACGACCGGGUGAUGCAACCACUAUCUGAGCAAGAUGCCAGCGCAGUCACAGAUAGAGUGGAGUCAUUUCGCAGGUCUCAAUCAGAUCCAUCCAAUCGCAAGAUAAAUCGCACGUCCUGGCCAACAUCUACAUUGAAUGUUAUAUACCCGCCAUCUAGUUCCUCCACAAACUCUCGCACAUCCCAUAUUCACCCCCAUUUCACAUCAAGUCUUGACACAUCUACUGUAUUCUAUGAAACAGCUACAACUAGCUCGCGUUUUCCGACCAUCGCACAUCUUCAGCUCGGUCAGCGCAACGUCGGCGCUCUCCACCAUUUUUCUUCUAGUCCGCAUGAUCACCUGCAAGUACACAUGCUUGAACAUCAGCCGCAACAAACCCAACGCCCCCUACAGCAACUGCGAGGAUUUGGGGCUGAUGCCCUCCAGGCGGGACUAUCCAUCAUUCACCUCUCUGAAGCAGGAGCGCAGCCCGAUAACCCUAACACGCAGCCCAGCGGGGCAAAAGCGGAAGAGGAUGCUAGGCAGACGUCGCCUUCUUUCCGGAUUCAUUCACCUUGUCCAUGCGACGACGCCCUACCUCACACUACUGGGGUUGAAACAGAAGCGGCUGAACGUGGUACUUCUUUCGGCGAGGCAUCUGCAGUGCAGAUGAUCCAGAGGCCAGCAUGGUCCAAAACUAGGUCUACCUCGCAUUCGCCGUUUCGUGCGGGCAUUCACCAGCGUAGCAUUGCCGGGUCGAUUCAGGGGACCCCUAGCGUCGACUUUACACACUCCAAGACGGGCGGCACCUGAUAGGAGCGGGUCGUCCCCACCGUCCUCGAUGAGUCAACCGCCAUCUCCUCCUACGGUUUCACGGCCGCAUCCACACGAGGAAUCCCCGCAGUAUUCGUCUCCGCUGUCACCGAUGGUGGUCAAGCUGAACAGUCCCCACCUGGCAGGUCUGAAACCGUUUGGAAGGAGGGGAUGCAAUCUAAUAAGUCCUGAUGCUUUCCCUCCGGCGGUAGAUCUAGCGCCUUCUUCCCUUACGAGGUGAAAGGCUGACAAGAAAGACAAGAUUGAGGCUGCGUGUGGUCA